GCGGCGGCUGUGGGGGUGGAGGGUGAGCAGAGCGCUGGGGGGAGGCGGGAAUUCCCGACCGGAGGCCGGAACCCGGCGGGGGCCAUGGAGUGAGACCCUCCCGAGGUCUGAGAGUCACCGGAGCAGCCGGCCACCAUGGGGCCCUGGGGAGAACCAGAGCUCCUGGUGUGGCGCCCAGAGGCAGUAGCCUCGGCUCCCCCACUGCCUGUGGGCCUGGAGGUGAAGUUGGGGGCCCUGGUGCUCCUGCUGGUGCUCACGCUCAUCUGCAGUCUGGUGCCCAUCUGUGUGCUGCGCCGACCGGGAGCCAGCCCCGAAGCCUCGGCCUUCCGCCAGAAAGUCCUGAGCCUAGUCAGCUGCUUUGCCGGGGGUGUGUUUCUGGCCACCUGUCUCCUGGACCUGCUGCCUGACUACCUGUCUGCCAUAGACGAGGCCCUGGCGUCCCUGCACGUGACGCUUCAGUUUCCCCUACAAGAGUUUAUCCUGGCCAUGGGUUUCUUCCUGGUCCUGGUGAUGGAGCAGAUCACGCUCGCUUACAAGGAGCAGUCACUGCCACCACCUCGAGAGGAGACAAGGGCGCUGCUGGGAACAGUGAAUGGUGGGCCACAGCACUGGCAUGAUGGGCAAGGUCUCCCACAGGCAAGUGGAGUUCUGGCAGCUCCCUCAGCCCUGCGUGCCUGUGUACUGGUCUUCUCCCUGGCUCUGCAUUCGGUGUUCGAGGGGCUGGCAGUGGGACUACAGCGAGACCGGGCUCGGGCCAUGGAGCUGUGUCUGGCUUUGCUGCUCCAUAAGGGUAUUUUGGCCGUCAGCUUGACCCUGAGGCUGCUGCAGAGCCACCUGCGAGCAAAGGUGGUGGCUGGCUGUGGCAUUCUCUUCUCAUGUAUGACACCUCUGGGCAUUGGGCUGGGCGCAGUUCUGGCAGAGUCAGCUGGCCCACUGCACCAGCUGGCCCAGUCUGUCCUGGAGGGCAUGGCAGCUGGCACCUUUUUCUACAUCACUUUCUUGGAAAUCCUGCCCCAGGAGCUGGCCACUGCUGACCAGAGGAUCCUCAAGGUCAUUCUGCUCCUAUCAGGGUUUGCCCUACUUACUGGCCUACUCUUCAUCCAAGUCUAGGAGGCUCCAAGAGGGGCGGGGGAGAUUGGGUACCAGGUGCCCUUGACCCACUUCCCCUCCUCAGGAAUGGGGAAGGGAAGUAUUGAGUUCCAGAGAGUUCUCUGAGAGGUGAGGGUGGACCCCUCUCUCCU